GUUAUUAAAAGAGAUCGGCGAUUUCAUUGGUCGAGGCGGGAACUUCGAAACACGAUUAUUUUUAUUACAGAAGUUGUAUUGGGUUUGCAAGGUAGUAAAAAAAAUGGGGUCAUUGAAUAGCAAACCAGAAGUCUUGGAUACAACUCCUUUAAAAAAUGGUCAAAGUCCAUCCAUAAGACAAUUGGAGAAUGACCCAAGAUCACCUGGUUUUGACAGAACACCAAUAGUUGUUGAUAAAACACCAGAUUUGACGAUUAUAGACCCUCGUUCACCUACAGCAGGCAUUGUUAGAACACCUAUUGUAAAUCUACUAAAUGAAAAAGAUAAUCGUGGUUUAGAAGAUGACAGUUUAUUAACUAACAAUGAAAAGGUUGAUUUUGAAGGAUCAGAAGAAAGUGGACGAGUCAGUGACCUCAGUGUAUCAACGGAAUUAAAUUCCUUAUCGCUUUCAGAUGUGGAUGAAAGUUCUAAUUUAUUAAGUAUUAAAGAAGAAAAGAUUGGCAAGAAAUCCAAAAGUAAAAAUCAGAUAAAAACGCAGCCCAAACAACUGUUCCCAGUCUUGAAGAAAACAGUAUUGAUGCACGGAGAUGUGCGUAGAUCCCCUCUUUCUUCCGUGGUCAUCGACGGAAACUCUCCUCGUAAUAUCGUACAAAGAAAACAAACCAAGAAAAUAGACAAUGCUCGGUCGUGUCGACCAGAAUCUAAUUUCUGUCCGUCUGCAAAUAAAGAGAAUAUGACAGAUAAAUAUUGAGGCACGUGUUCGGAAACCGGUCAUAUUUCUAGUUCAAGAACUGUCAUCAAUACAUAAUAUUAUUGUAUAUAUCAUAAUAUACCAAGAGACCUUCUCUACGCUAUCCAGGAUGAUGCUGGGUUUCAAAAUCGCAAGCGUAAUAUUUAAAUAUUGAAUAAUGCAAUUGAUUGGUUGUUGUGUUUAACCUGGAUAAUCUCCAUGUGGAAUGGUGUCUGUCUUAUCGUUUCAAUAUACCUCAUUAUUUCUCUUUAUUGUCAUUGGCAGGACUUUAUGGUCAUCAACAGGACUUUGUUGUCAUUGGCAGGACUUUAUUGCCAUCGACAGGGCUUUAUGGUCAAUGACAGGGCUUUAUUGUCAUCAUUAGGGCUUUAUUGUCAUUGUAAGGGCUUUGUCAUCGACAGGGCUUUAUUGUCAUCAACAGAGCUUUGUCAUCGACAGGGCUUUCGUUUCAUUUAUACUUUAAAGUCUUGACUGACUAGCAGUAAAUUUGACAGGUGAGAGAAAUCACCUGUUGUCAAUUUACAUUGUUUAGAAUUUUAUAUAAUUUAACGUUAAAAUAUUCUAGAUUUAUAGCCUUUAUGUUUAAAAUCACUAAAAAAAAAUAGAUUAAAAUUGAGAUAUUGCUAAAAAAAAAUUCAUUUAUUUUGAAAAAUAUCUUGUUAACCCCCCAAAAGUUUUUUGAAGAAAAAGCCUUGGCCAACUUGAUGUCAUGGAGUCAUUUUCUAUUUGUUUUUCCCUAUGUAUAAUAGUGUAUCAAAUUUAGAACUAUAUAUUAUAAAGAUUGAAUUAGCUAUAUGACAUCUUAGAUUAAUAUAUUUAAUUCUUCCAGGUCUUGUAAAAUGUAAAUAAUUUAUUUUGUAAUAAUAUUUUGCUGACAUAAAUUUAUUAAACCCUCUUGAUGAGUGUAAUAAAUGAAUUUAUGAAGA